AUGGGUUCAAACGCCAAUUCAGAAGCCCGACUGACAAUUCAGGAAACGGACGAGGCGGAUAACCCCACUGUCACCUACAUCUUUUCCGGGCAGGACACGCAAAAGUCGGCUUCCUCGGGUGGUGGCAGAGUUGAUAUUCUAAGCACAACCUCGGAUCCGUCCUUAUGGUCCACAAAGCCGCUCAUCGCCUAUCUCAGCGAUGUGUUUCUUCCCUCGGGGUAUCCUCAGAGCGUGAGCGAUGACUAUCUACCCUACCAAAUAUUUGACUCCCUCCAAGCAUUCUGCAGCUCCAUAGCAGGCCUUCUCUCCUCCCGCGCAGUCUUACAAGGAGUCGGCGUCGGCAACGCAGACGCAUCCCCAACAUCCGCCCUUCUCCUCCACAUCCUCCAAGACACAUCAGGACGUAUAGCAACGAUCCUCUUCGCUCACCGCGUCGGCACAGCCCUCGAGCCAGAAUGCAAGACCUACCGACUAGCCGCAGACGUCUUCAAUGACUUUGCCAUGAUCCUGGAUUGUCUGUCGCCUAUGGUACCGGCGGGUUUUAUGCGAGUAUCGAUUCUUAGUGCGGCGGGCGUCCUGCGUGCUUUGUGUGGUGUUGCAGGAGGAAGUUCGAAGGCGAGUUUGAGUGCGCAUUUUGCUAAGUGGGGGAAUUUGGCGGAGCUUAAUGCUAAAGACUCUUCGCAAGAGACUGUUAUCUCGUUAGUAGGGAUGCUGGUUGGUUCAGUGGUCGUCUCACACGUCACACGGUUCACAACAACCUGGAUAGCACUCCUCACUUUACUAGCCCUCCAUCUGAGUCUCAACUACGCCGCCGUCCGCUCCGUGCAAAUGACCAGUCUAAACCGUCAACGAGCCAACAUCGUCCUCUCAGCGCUCUUCGAGUCAGACACUGACAUAGAUCUCACAGACAAGUCAAUCAAAUCCAAAACAGAACCCAGCUCUGACAUGAAUACAUCCAAGUAUCCUCAAGCCUGGAAAGUCCUCACUCCCGCACAAGUCGCCUCCCAAGAACGCAUUUUCCAUCGUGGCGGCGCACUGCAGUGGACGUCUCUUUCCAGGAACACGAAGACGUACCUAGGUAGUGCCGAGAUUGGUAUUUCACUUGAUAUAUUCUUCAAACAUGCCCGACGCUACACUCAUUCUACUUCCUCUACCAUCGGGGGUGGGAGUACAUCCAUCCAAAUAGCCCUCCCAAUCCAACAACUAACAACCCUCUUCGCAAACGAAUCAUACAUACUCUUCCUCUUCCCUUCUUUGGGGGCCUCAAGUCCGAAAUGGCACGCAUCCAUCCUCUUGAAGAGAGGGUGUACCGUGACCGCCCAACUGAAGGGCUGGGCACAUGCGCUUCUUGCGGCCCGGGUUUUAUGCGAAUCUUCUAUUUUGUUGUCGUCGUCCUCGAAAGACACCCAUUCGCCUCAAACGAGCCAGGAUGUCUUCGAUGUUGUGGCGAGUGUAUUGGAUGUUUUGAAUCGUGGGGAGAGGUUUGGAGGGUAUGUGGCUGCUUUGAAGAGAGCUGGGUGGGAUGUUGAUGUGGGAGCAUUGGAGACUAGGGGUGGGAGGAGGGUUAGUUUUGAGUAG